AUGAUUUCCAACUGUCCGUUUCUGGAGUACGCGGCAUUAAAUUGGGGAUUGCAUGCAAGUUUAGCCGCGAAUAAUGAAGAAGCUCGAACUGAGCUGAAGAAGAAGAUCGAGCUAUUCGUACGUUGCACUCGUCAAUUCCGCUUUUCAGUACGCGUGCUACUCGCCCGGAUAGCUGCAGGCCAAGGGAUAGAAGUGGGGAUUAUUCUCGCGAAAAACCAGUGUGUGGUUCAUUCCGUGAAUAUUUUCGCCUAUUUCGGAUUGGACUUUCUCCUUGAUGAUCUCAUGAACGACCCGGGUGCUCUUCUCAAUUCUCAUGAUAGGUUCUUCGGAAAUGUCUUACACUGGGCUACUAUGGGCGAUCAUUUGUCAACUAUGAAUCUCCUCUUAACUCACAAGAACAUACCUGACAUAAUUGAUCAAGGCGGCCAUGAAAACGAGCCGCCGCUCGAUUUCGCGGUGGAAUAUCGACGAGACCUCUCCGCGGCUUUGCUUUUGGACCACGGCGCAGAUUUUAUAUCCUAUGCAGACUACAAAAAUACACCUUUGGGGAACGCCGUUGUUAAAGGAAAUAUCGGUCUCGUCCAAAGGAUUCUAUCAACAGAAAGCGGGAAGACCACUUUGUUAAAAAAGUUGUACCGGGGUCAAACUGCUAUCCAUGAAGCCGCCCGUUGGAGAAAAGAUGCUUUGAUUAUGUUUUUACAAGCCGUUGAUGAGCAGGAACUGGGCAUAGACCUGGUGGAGCUUACAGAUGAUGUGGGCCAAAACCCUCUACACUGGGCUGCUGAAGCGGGUCAUUGCGAUAACAGCAAAAUUCUUCUCCAGUCAAAGUACGGAGCCGGAUUAGCGACCAGUAGGGAUUCAAGGGGUCGAACGCCAGUUGAGAUUGCUGCUUUUUUCGGGCAUGCCGAGGUGACGGAGCUAUUGAUCAACUGGAUUCGCGAAACGUUCUCUGCGGCAGCCCUUAUAGCAAUCGCAAGUGCAUUACUCGAAGCCGCUGGCAAUGGCCAAGCAACUGUCGUAGACAUGUUGCUGAAUCAUCAUUCUCAGGCUGUCUCUGACAAUAUGGAAGUUGAGGUGGCACUAUAUCAUGCCUCCUGCAGUGGCUCGGUUGAGACCGUCAAAGCUAUUCUAGAAUGGGCACAUUAUAAAAAUUCCCAAGGUGCGAAAAACAGAGCUCUGUUCCUGGCAGCUGAGAGGGGCCAUGCAGAAUUAGUGAGGUAUUUGAUCCAGCGAGGAGCUGCAACGCAUGCAGUCGAUGAACAUGGCCAGACUGCACUGCAUCUGGCCAGUAAAAAAAACAUGGCGAGUGUGAUUAGACUUCUCCUCAAUUCAACUAUCGAUAUUGAUGCUGAAGAUUCGGAGGGCAAAACUGCUCUCCAUAUUGCGGCAGAGCACCGGGCCUCAAAUGCUUCCAGGCUACUCUUAACAGCAGGGGCCCAGCUUUCAAAAAUCCCCCGCGCCUCUGAGAGUCUGACCUGGUUGCGGUCUCAGAUCGAUGAUGAUGAAUAUCAAUCUGGGGAAACGGACGUAGAUGAUUCAGUCCGUACAAGUCACCAUACUCAUCUAGCGUAUAUUCCACAAAGUCAGUCAGAUCAGUUUGAAGUCUGUUUCUAUCUCAAAGAGGCAUCCAACAAGCGACUCUCCUCGUCUGUCAUUUCCAAAAUCCUUGAUCUUGCGGAAUAUUGGCUCAGGAGCUAUACCGAGCGCUCGGAGCGGUCUGUAAUUACUGAAUCCGAAGCCGCAACAUUUAACUACUUGCGAAGCGCCCCGAUUGUCGGGAAUCACGCGCACCCAGUCAGACGAAUCGACUUCUCCAUCACCAGUCACGAUCAGGGUUUCAGCGACGACGAGGCGAAACAUGGACAGUAUCUUGGAUCUUAUACCUGGUUCGACGCCUGUCGCGAACUUGACCAUGGGACCAACGGGACUAACGAACGUCACCGACGAGGCGGCAUGGUCGGUCCUCAAAUAUUCUGCAAUAUUCAUGCUUCACCAGCAUGGAGAACACACCGAGUCUCUUGGUCCGAAAGCAAGGUUACCAAAUCUCGCAAUCUGCACACCGACGAUGACCUUCGAGGGAUCAUCGAGGAGACGGAUGAUCUGGUGGACUGGUGUUGGCAGUCACAUAUGAGGCCCGAUCCUUUAAAAUGGCUUGGUGAGCUCCAGCCGGGAGAUCGGCUGAGUGUGAUUCCAAGGGCUCAGUUUCGGGGCUGGACAAACUUUGUACUGCGAGCCGAAAUGAUUAUUUACACGAGUUACUUGAGACCUGUCACUUAUGUUUAG